AUGUCCCUCCACCACCUCCCAAAUGAGCUGCUCCUCCACAUCGCCGACUACCUCACACCUGGUUCCCGCUCUUCUCUCCUCGCCAUCAGCCACUUACUCUGCACACUCCUUACCCCCUACUCAUCCAAUGGGCCCUCAAGCCAUCCCCAGCGAGGACAGUACCUCGAGACCGCUCGCGUUCUCAUUGCCCAUGAUGGGAGCCUCCCUACCAAAAGUCAUCUCGGUCUCGCCAUAGGCAAUGGCAGCUUCUCAGUCGCAUUCCUCCUCAUGAAACACGGUACCGGCCUGCUUGACUGCACAACCGGCGUGUACCUCAAUAGGACUGGAAUCCCGCUCAUCCCGCAAGCGGCAUGUUACGGCGAUGAGCGGUUGAUGCGGGAGUUUCUCGAUCGAGGAAUCGACGUGAACACGCAGUGUUGGCGGCGGUGCACCGCGCUGACCAUAGCCGCCGAGUACGGGCAUGUGGUGUGUGUUCGGCUCUUGCUAGAGAGGGGUGCGGACAUGACGGUGGUAGAUAGGGAUGGGCGGGCAGCAUGGAAUAUGGCGGCGGAUGGGAAGUACGAACAGGUAUUGAAGUUGUUGAGGGGCACGGGGGCGGAGAAGGUUGUAGUUCAGAGAUCUCACUUACUCGACCCGUUUCCAAUCCCCCCCCUGGCCAACGCCGCGGUCCCCCGUGCAUGA